AUUGCCAUUACCUAUGCAUCGAGAAAUGUGAUUCAACCAGGACUAAGGGGUGUAGGUGGUAAUCAUGAUUCUACUUCGUUUAAUCCCUUACAAAAAGAUUUACUUAGCUGAGAAAUGCUUGGAGUAUCCCUUUAAUCACCGAUAGCUGUCCUGUUAAAGUGUGCUAUUCUGAUAUGACCGCUUUUCCGUGAUUCGAGCUUUUAAACCCCCGAUUCGCCUCCCUUAAAGCUGUUGAUACCCGCACUUAAAUCUCACCUCAGAGAUUAGCACCCUUGCUGUUGUGAUUUGGUGGCUGAUUUCCCUCUGUCGAUUUAUAGAGAAGAGGUGCUAGUCUGAGCACGGCCGUAUGGUGAACCCCUGAUUUAAAAGAGGUCAUUCUAUAACUGGGUUUCUCGGAAAAAUUAUGUUGAGGGUUUCUGUCUUAAUCGGAAACUCUGAGAACAUGUGUGUAAACAGGCGUUUGUUACAUUUUCAAGAUCUUAUGAUCAAUAAUCUGUCAACCGGUAUUAGUAUGAACGCUUCCUUAAGUUUCAGACUCGAAAAAUUAAUAAAAACGGUUAAUCAAAUAAUGAGUGAAUCAGACUGACCAAUAUCCUAGGUUAAACACACCAUAUCUUGAA